UUUUUUGUUUUUUCUUGUAGGAAGGAGGGUCAUCUUGAAUUGGAGAUUUUGCAGCUGUAAAUAGGUUCAAAUUGCAGAGGAGACAACCUUGAAAGCACAAGCAUAGUGACACAAUCGUUUUGGCCUCUGGUAUAAAGCGGACUGAGAAUUGAAUGUGCCAUAACUCCAGCAACUCAAUUUAGCUCAACUUAAAAAUGGUCUAGUUGUUUCAUAAUUGCCAACAUGACCCUGAAGAAUCCCUUGCAUAUGCUGCCUGCAACCUAUGUUUGACCAAAACCAUUUGGUCCUACUAGUAUACUUAUCUGGGACAAUCAAAGGCGGCAGCGCCAUCUUAAACUUGCGAAGGUACAGUCUCUUUCAUCGGCCCGGACAUGGAAUAAUUCUCAUGAUGAUUGGGGUAACAAGCGAGCCAUUUCCAUUUGGUCGGCGACUUUUAUCAGCUCGUAACAUCAAUAGGUCCACCACUCUCACGGUCCAGAAUGACCAACCCAAAAUUUGUAUCACACUAGAGUUGCAUUCCCCACUGGAACUGCUCCGCCCCGAGGAGCGAAGAAAAAGAAGGGAAGAAAAGAGAAGCAAAGCGGACUAGAAAUGGGAAAAGAAGUCUUUAUGAACGAGUCCCGAUCCUUCCUCGUGCGGACCUUUUUUCUUUACCUCAACGUCUCUCUCCCUCAUCUCUUCUUCUUGGGACGCCGAUCCUUUGCACGCUCGACCUCCUUCCUCCGCCCUUCCGCGCAAGGAGGGUUUUUUUGAAGCCGUUCGAUUCGACUGAGAGGAGGAAGAAGGGAGAGAGACAAACAGAGAAAGAAAAUGUCUGCUCCCUCCCAGGUCACCAUCACUCUGGGCCGAAGUGGUCAGGUUGUCAAGAAAGCAGGGCCUACAUCUGAUGUUAAUCAUUCUGAUGACAUGCCAUCCUCAGGCGGUAAGCGGCCAGCAAGGGAGAGGUUGGGAAGCAACAUGGACAAGAACAAGCGCCAACGAAAUGAAAAUCAUGGUCUGAGCUUGGGUAAUGGAAUUCUGAAUGAUGGCAAGCAGAUUAGAUCCAAUCAUUGGGUUGGCCAACAUGAUCUGAGAUUGAAACUUUUGAAUAAAAGUUUAUCUCAUAGAAGAGAUGUUGACCUUCGUGAAAAGCUUUCUCGGAAAACCCAGGAUUUAUGGAGAUAUGAUUCACGGCAAUAUGCACCAGAUUCAAGGGCCUCUGGCGCUACAAGGCAAAUUCCUCCAGCAAGAAGUGCAGAUGAUUUGCAACAUCUGGAUUCAUUGAGAAAAACUUAUUCUUCUUGGACUUUGGAUGGGUUAAGGCAUAGAUCUCCAGAUAGACUUAUCAGUGCUGCUUGGGGUGUGUCCCCUCAAAGGAAUUAUGAUGAUCGGCAGCAUGUGCCACCAGUAAGGUCUGUCGAUGCUCCGAGACCUGUGUCUUAUAUGAACAAAGCUUUUUCUACAGUUCCUGGAGAUGCUGCAAAACCUAUUGUUCGGGCUCCUCCACCAGCAGCCAUCAUACAGAAAAGCCCUUUUGCAUCUGACAAACGACUUACUGUUUCAAGCUUGCUGCAUUCAUUGGGGUUGGAGAAAUAUGUUAUUACCUUUCAGGCAGAGGAGGUGGACAUGACUGCAUUGAGGCAGAUGAGAGACAGUGACCUCAAAGAACUGGGAAUACCAAUGUGAUAAGGCUGGCUGUUUAGAGUGAAAUAUUCCAGUGGUCACAGAAGCUGGUAACAUGGUGCUCGUUCUGAGCAAAUUAAAGCAAAAACCUCCUAAAAAGUUUAUGAGUAGUUGUGAAUGUCUUUAAGGUUCCAUAAUCAAAAUAACAACAAAAGGCUGCUCAGUUUCAUAUCUGAAUUGUAUGGGUCCAGAUCAUUUUGCUGCUGCCUAAGUGUUUAGACCGUAACCUGUCAGUAACAAUCAUCUACUUGCAUUAUCAAAUUUCUCUACUUCCAUCAUCUAGACUGCAGUUCCUGUCAAAACUGGUAGUCUGUAAAUUUGUUUUGCUCAUUUGUUGUAUUAAAGAGAAUACUUUAUUUUGAUGAUAACCUUAAAACUGACUAAUUGAACACCCAGUUUUGGAUAUUUAUCCUGCAAUGAGGCCUUACAUGGUUUUUCUAAGCCAUUUAGAGAUAUAUCUUAUUAUCUUUAUC